UCGAGUGUUUAGUUAUGUACUUAUCCAGGAUAUUUUUUAUUGUUGGAUUUGGUUUUGCUUAUGAAUGGAAUACAUCGGUCUUGCAAAUUCGUCCAUGGGGGGUGGACAAUUGUCAAACAGACGAUUCAGAUUGUCAACAACAAGCAGAAAUGGAAAUCGCGCAUUGCUACGACUCCUGCAAUGAUCCUAAUAAUUGUACCAUUAAAGUAGCUGUUAUACUACCCCAACAGGAAUUUUAUUUAGUUAACUUAAAGAAGGCUCAGGAAACAAUUGAAGAGUUUGUGGCAGACGCAGGCUCAAAAUUCAAAUUUGAUUUUAAGUAUUAUAACGAUUCCUGCAUGCAGGAAUUUGCGACCGUGCAUUUAAUUCCUGCGAGUGAGAAUUGUACUCGUUUAAUCCUUGGACCAAUCUGUGAUUACUGCCUUGCAAGUGUUUCUCGAGUUGCAAAAUACAUUGGUUAUCAUGGAAUGCCUGUAAUAACCCCCGGCGGCUUUACUUGUGAUUUUCUGCAAAAUAAAACGGGUUGUUCGAAUGAAUAUUAUAUGACGAUAAAUACAGGUCCAAUUGACUAUAGAUCUUUUGGUGAAUUUUUUCACUUAAUAAUGGAGAGGUACAAAUGGAAAAAAAUUGCUCUUAUGUACGAAAAAAAUCAACAAAACGAAGUUGGUGGAGAGAAUAGUUGCAAAUUUAUAUUAUCGAGUGUGGUUGAAGAAGUGAAAUCGGUUGAGAAUCUUAAAUAUGUCGACGGUGAUUUAGUUUUACUAAAUAAAGAUUAUUCCAACUAUUUGAAAGAAAACGUUGGGGUCAGUUAUGGCAUCAUUUUGACUUGCACUACUGUGGCCAAUCUUCGCGAAUUUGCCAUCGCAGCCCAGAAAUUAAAUAUGAUGGAAAGUGGGGAAUAUACAGUUUUCAAUUUUCAAACAUAUUACAACACAACUGAGCAAGCCUUAAAGCCUUGGUAUGACGAAAAUGACACUAAUGAACGCAACGAAAUGGCGAGAAAAGGUUUUCGCUCAAUUUUCACGUUUACAUCGUCUGAAGCAAUUAACUUUCGCAAUCGGCGAGUUGAGGGAAGCUCGAUUUUUCUUGAUGGCUUGUAUGAUGGAAUGAUGUUGUACACAAGUGCUUUGAAUCAAACAUUAUCAGCUUCGGAAAAUUUCACGGGUUAUAACAUGAUUAAGAAAAUGAUGGGGACCAGUUUUGCAGGAAAACAUGGAAAUGUUACAAUGAAUUGUAACGGACAAAGAGUUGCAACUUAUGUAAUGCUUCAAUUAAAUGCUUCUGACCACUACGACGUGGUUGCUGAGUUUACAACCCUUAAUAAAAAUAUCACUUCUUGGAAUGUGGAGUGGAUUAAUGGGAAAGAUCCACUAGAUACACCCGUGUGUGGCUAUGAUAUGUCUCUUUGCCCAAAGUUUGAUACGGAAAAAGUCUUGUUAAUUACACUUAUACUGGUGUUUUGGUUGGCUAUAUUGAUCGUGGGAGUAAUUCUCUACAGACAUUUCCAGCUUAAGAAAGCUAUAUAUUCUAUGGCCUGGAAAAUUGAUUUCGAUGAUAUCGUUUUCAUGCCAAAUAAGCCGAGGAGUAGUUUUCAAUCAUCUUCAUCGGCUCGCCGAGGAAGCCAAAUUACGUUUUUAGGAGCGGAUGGUUUAAGUAUGGCUGGCGAACGUCAACUCUUCACGGAAGUGGCCUUCUACAAGGCAAUUACAGUGGCGGUGAAAAAAAUUCAAGAUGUCAAGAUUGAGUUAAAUCGCGAACAGUUAAUCGAGUUAAAAGUGAUGAAAGACUUAUCGCAUGACAAUUUAGUGAAGUUUUAUGGCGCUUGUUUAGACAUUCCAAACUACAUUUUAAAUGAAUAUUGUGCGAAAGGUAGUUUGCAGGAUAUAUUGGAAAACGAGAGCGUGAUACUCGAUCCAACGUUUAAAAUGUCGUUAAUAAUGGACAUUGUUCGUGGUAUGCAGUACCUGCAUAAUUCCGAUAUUAAAUCUCACGGUGCUUUAAAAUCAACAAACUGUUUAGUGAAUAGCAGGUUCGUGUUGAAAAUAUCUGACUUUGGAUUGCAUUUUUUACGAAAACACGGACUUGAUAACGAUGGAACAAAGUCUCAUAGUUACUGGGAACGUCAGCUUUGGACAGCUCCAGAACUUCUCCGGAACGAAAACCCCCCUCCUAAUGGUACUCGAGAAGGAGACAUAUACUCAUUCGGCAUGAUAAUGCACGAAAUCAUCGUACGCCAAGGAGUAUUUUAUUUAGAUGAAUUUAAAACAGCCGAAGAAAAAGUCGAUGCUGUUCGUAAGGGACCAGACGCAAACGGGGGCCAAGCAUUUCGCCCGUCUUUGGGAGAAGUGCUAUGUGAGGAAGAGGUGGCUUUGAUGAUGAAAAAGUGCUGGUCGGAAGAUGCUGCCGACAGACCAGACUUUUCCACUCUCAAAACAAAAUUGAGGAAUAUAAACAAAGAAUCCGAUGGAAAUCUUCUCGACAAUCUGUUGGCAAGGAUGGAGCAGUACGCUAACAACCUUGAAACGUUAGUGGAAGAACGCACAGCUGAUUACUUGGACGAGAAACGCAAAUGUGAGGAGUUGCUCUAUCAGCUGCUACCGAAAAGCGUCGCUCAGCAGCUGAUAACAGGAGAGGCGGUUCUUGCCGAAACUUUUGAAAAUGUCACUAUACACUUUAGUGAUAUUGUCGGCUUCACCCAACUUUCUGCCAACAGCACUCCAUUGCAAGUUGUCGAAUUUCUGAACGACCUUUACAUAUGCUUUGAUUCCAUUAUCGACAACUUCGAUGUUUACAAAGUGGAAACUAUAGGUGACUCUUACAUGGUCGUGUCUGGACUUCCGGUCAGAAAUGGGAACAAACACGCGCGAGAAAUUGCAAGAAUGUCACUAGCGUUAUUGAAAGCUGUUAAAACCUUCAAAAUAAGACACCGACCGGAAGAAAGUUUGAAACUUCGAAUAGGGAUACACACCGGUCCUUGCGUUGCUGGAGUUGUCGGUUUGAAAAUGCCAAGAUACUGUCUUUUCGGAGAUACAGUCAAUACGGCAUCACGAAUGGAGACUAAUGGAAGUCCAUUAAGGGUGCAUAUAAGUCUAGCUACGAAAGAAUUUCUGGAUAGAUUUGGAACGUUUGAAAUUGAACGCAGAGGCGAGGUUGAAUUAAAGGGAAAGGGCAAAAUGGUUACGUAUUGGCUUAAUGGCGAAUGUGAGAAGAAAACCACUAUCAUGGCACCACAAACCGAGUCCAAACCCGGCAAACUUCCAAGCACUCCUUUACCCAGCAGUGUCAGAAAACAAAUGGGGAAUAAUGGCAAAGCUUUAAACGCGAUGAAUUUACAAGAACAUCAAAUUGAUGAAGCUGAGUUACCUUUACUUUCCAUAACGUCACCCCCAGAGUACAAUUCGAAUGCGUGAACAAUCCUCCUGCUAAAUUGGUGAAGUGGAUCAUUUUAUUGUAUACGGCAGGAUUAUUAAACAGUAUUGAAACAAUAACCUAAGUCAAAUUAGGUUCAGAUUUGUGAUUCAGUUUCCUCUAUUUUCAUAUAUGUUAUUUAUGGUUAUUUUAAUUAUUGUUCUUAAUAAAGAUUUUUAAACUGAA